CGCUUCAGGAGGUUUCCAAGAUUUAACCGGGGGAUUAAAGCUCCGGGUACCGGUGUUUGCGUAUCCACACAGCUGAUACACCAGACCCGGACCGUUCAUAAUUCUCCUCCCGGUCUGUCCAGUCCCCCCCACCCGGCCAGGAAUUAGUAGACUCCCGUCUGGAUAACAUGGCGGACCAUGGCCUGAUAAUACCGGAGGCUUCAUCAAUUAACUACGAUGACGACAUAUCCAGCGACAUUGAAGAAGACUCCAUGGAGGAACGGAACGGAGCGCUUAUAGAGACUCUGCCUGCUAUGGUGAGUAUCACCCGAGUGCCUAAAUCACGCCCUGAAAUGAAUCCAAGCGGAGGAAAACCUCUACAUGUUAAGGGGGGACCUCCCCCACCCCUUCUCCGUGUGGGUCAACCUGUCAGUAGUUUACCCCCCAUGCCCCGCCUGAAGCUGGGGGGAGUGCGUGGUACUGGACCUACGCGACCUGUAUAUCCAGGACAUCCUCUGAACGGUAUGAUGAACAUGAUGCCGACAAGUAUGAGUUUCUCUGAAGGCAUGAUGAUGAACAGGCAUCAAAUGGGACAGAACAUAAUGACUAAUGCUAGUAUGGGAAUGCCAAUUAUAACUGAAACCAUGUCUCUACAGGGAAUGCGUCCUGGAAUGCAAAAAUUAGAUAGACCUGGCAUGCAGCAAAAUAUGAGGCCUGGCAUGCCUAAUGGAAUGAGAAUGGGUAUGCGUCCAGGCAUGCAUCCUGCCUUGAUGCAGAGCAUCCAGCAGAAGAUGCAACAUAGCAUGAUGAUGCAGAAAGCCAGUAUGCAGCAAAAGCCCAAACCCACCAUCAAACAAAAAUCGUCUUUUCGGCCGGCAGGUCUUCCUAAUCGUCCGGUCCAGGUCCGGACCGUGUUUGUUCCUCCUCCAAUGAACAUAAAGAGCCAGAGUGGGAUUCAGAAUGGUGUCACAAGAGUUUUAAAUCCGUUCUCUGUCAACCCUGCAGGUUCAAAUGGAACAGGAGUAACCCUCACGCAGGUCUCGAAUGGAAAAUCAGGGCAUAGCAACGGUUCUGUUAGAGAUGAUGCUCUCUACGAAGACCUGGAUAUAGAUGAUGACGAUGAUGAUGAUGGAGUCAAUGAUGAUGAGGAUGAUGAGUACAAUGAGAUAACGGAGGCUCCCUCCAAUACAGGCUCUAUUGUACCAAUAAAAAACCUACUCCCAGAAGCUCCCAGAGUAUCAGGCUCCGUUACCUUGCAUCGACUGCUGGGAGGGAAGGUUAAAGAUGAACCUGCUCCGGUUCCCUUACCAGGGGUAGCUUCUAUUAAGCUUCCUGAUACAAGCAGACGGAAUUCUGUUGAUUCUGUUGGUUCCUCGAGUACAGCCGCCUCCUUAGAUUCCCUGGGUCAGCCUAAACCUGCCACCGCUAGAAAAUCUUUUAAACCUAAAUCUGAUUCAGAUCAAAUCAAACCAACUGCCAACAAUCUGAAGAGAAGUGUAGGAUCAUUAGAGUCCAACGAGUCUGAGGGAUCAGUAAAGAAGCUAAAAUCAGAUUCAAUAGAAGAUAUGAUCUCCUUCAACUUUGGACACCACUUUAUGUCUGAGCUGGCCCCAAGGGAUACUGAGACGGCCCCGGUUGCAAAGCCAAAACUUGAAGAGGAAUUUGAAGAGAAAUCUGUAGAAUCCUUGAUGUUGAAAACCCUCUGUACCUGUGAGGCUGAAUCUAUCCCUAUAGCUGGGAAGGACGGAUUAAAUUGUCAAGCCGUUGAGGUGGUGGGAGGAUACAGGGUGGGAUGUAAGAAUAAAAUUACAAGAUCAGAGAUUGUUAAAACCUCUCCUGAACUAGAUCCUAUCAGCCUAUGUGAUAUGCAUAGAGAUAGACUUCUAACUCAUAGCUGUUGCCCACUCUGUGGAGAGUUUUGCAGCCAUGGUUUAGUGUUUAUGUGCAGAGUCAGUGCCACAUCUCCUCCUCAUUUAUUCCACAGGUUCUGCUACCAGAAUAAACCGAAGGAGGAGCGAUGCUGUCCCCACUGCUCGUCGAAGAAACCUCCGCUAGCGGUUCAACUCAAAAUGACGAUGAGCAGAACACCUUUAAGAAUUCUCAAUCAUACCUCCAAGAUGAGCGUUAUUAAACCAAUGAAAGAUUUUGAAAAAUGGGAAACUAAUAAAAAAAGAGAGAGUACAAUAUCCUACACUCUUCCCUCUGGUAAAACAAUAACAGCGGACGGAUUACCUCCUGGCUUGGAAACUGAAAAGCUGGAGGCUUGUCUUGAAGAACUGAAGAAUAAAUCCCUGGUAAAACAUACAACCAGGAAUAUGUACCAACCAACAGCAGGUGGAGAGAACGUUAAACUCCUUCAACUCCUCUCUCUGGAUUACAGUCCUAAACAGAAGUUUAGCGAGGCCAACGGAGGAACACCCCUUCAUGUUGCAGCCUCGAACAAUCACGUGCUGACCGCACAUAUUCUUGUACAGGCAGGGGCCGAGGUCAACGCGCUUGAUGACUCGAAUGAAACGCCGUUGAUGAUUGCCUGCAGUAUAGGAAACGCCGAUGUGACGAGAUAUUUACUAGCGGCGGGGGCGAGAGUAGAUUUGGCGGGGGACGAUGGAAUGACAGCUCUUCACUUUGCCACGCAGAAUGGACAUUUAGAAUGUGCUCAUGUUAUCUUGAGUCAGAAUAAGCUGCCCAGGAACUUCAUAAACGUAAAGGAUGAUGGGGGCUGGACCCCCCUCGUCUGGGCCUGCGAGCACAAGCACGAGGCGGUGAUCAGGUACCUCGUGGAGCAGGGAGCGGACCCCUUCGUCAAGGAUGUCGAGAUGAACAUCUCCCUGCACUGGGCCUCCUUCUCCGGGUCCAGGGGGAUCACGGACCUUCUCCUAGCCGCAGGGUGCAAUGUUAAUCAGGCAAACGCCAUAGGCGAGACCCCUCUACAUAUAGCACUUCGACAGGAUCAUUAUGAGUGCGCGCUGCUUCUGAUUGCACGUGGAGCUCGUCUUGAUAUUCCAAACAGUCAAGGACAGCUGCCGUCUAGUUGUAUGUCCGGCGAAAACCCGAAGGUUGAGGCGUUGAUCCAGCUGGGGACCACACUGCACAAGCUGAUGAAGGAGCGGCAGCAGAAGUUCCUGACGGAGAAGACGGUGGUACAGGAUAUAUCCAACGGGAAGGAAGCUAUCCCUGUGUGCGCGGUGAACGGCGAGGAUCUGGAAAUGGGUCCUUCAGGAUACACGUACGUGAAGAAUCCUGUUGUAACUGGGAACAUUCCCUUGAACCGUGAUAUCUCAAGUCUCCAGCACUGCAAGUGCAAGAACAACUGUGUAUCAGAGGACACCUGCCGCUGCUCCGAUAUCUCCACAAAGUCCUGGUACGAUCAGAACGGGUAUCUCAAGGACGGAUUCGAUUACAACGAGCCUCCGAUGAUAUUCGAGUGCAACGAGAUGUGUGAGUGCAAUCAGAACUCUUGUAACAACAGGGUGGUUCAACACGGGAUCACGGCACGUAUCCAGAUCUAUAAAACCUACGGUAUGGGUUGGGGUGCCAAGGCUAUGGUUGAUAUUCCCAAGGGUGGAUUUGUGUGCGAGUAUGUUGGAGAAAUCAUUUCUGAUGCUGAAGCUGAGCAAAGAGAAAACGACUCUUAUCUCUUUGAUCUUGAGAAUAGAGAGGGAGAAACAUUCUGUCUGGAUGCAAACAAGUUUGGUAACGUGGCAAGGUUUAUUAAUCACUCCUGCUCACCCAACCUUGUCCCUGUCAAGGUAUUCACCAACCAUCAGGACCUUCGCUUCCCCCACAUAGCACUCUUCGCCAGUAAACCAAUCAAGAGGGGAGAUGUGCUUGGAUUCGAUUACGGUGAGAAAUUCUGGGUAAUAAAGCAUAAAUUCUUCACGUGCUGGUGUGGUGGGGAAAAGUGUAAGUACAGCAAGAGCUCUAUUGGGAAGACGCUGGAGUCCUAUUACAAGAAGAUGGAGACCUGUAAGAGCCCUGAUGAGGAACAGAAGCAGACUGGAAAGCUAAAGCUAAAGCUAAGGAUGGAAGAAGGUAAGGUUGUAAAGGUUGACGACUCUGGUCUACUACCGGACGAACCUGGGGUCAAGGAAGACCGAAGAUCCCCGAAACUAGAAGGAAAAAAAUCUCCGAAAAGAGAAGACAAGGAGAAGGGUAGAAAAUCCCCCAAAUUCGAAGAAGGCAAGCCGGGUAAGCAAGACAGAGAAGGGAAAAAGUCUCCUAAGCAUGAAGUACGGAAGUCUCCUAAAGAAGAUGAGAAGGUAUAUGAAGACAAGAAAAUUACACAAAUUGAAGCUGAGAUCAGUAAAGAGGAUAGAAAAUCUCCUGUUAUCACAAUAAAAAAAUCUUCAUUUAUAGAAUAUAAACCAAAAGAUGAAACUAAACAAGUUAUCGCUGCGGAGAAAAGCUCUAAAUCUAAGUCCUUGACGGAGAAACCUUCCAAAACCGAUGUUUUAAAAACAGUACAAGAGAAAUCCACCAAAACGGAUGAUAAGCCUAUAACAGACAAACCCAUCAAAACCGAUGCUAAACCUGCAAAUGAGAACACUACCAAAACUGAUGCUAAACCUGUCAUUGAGAACCCUACCAAAAUCGAUGCCACUACAAAAGGUAAAGAUCCAGUACCUGGACCAGAAGUAAAGAAACUAAAUGCCAGGAGAGUUUCAACUCACAGCAUUGAAAGCAAAAUUUACAAAGAUUUAUCAAAUUCUAAAUCUGACGCCAAACCUGCCUCAACCUCCAAACCAACCCCCUCUAUAGAAGAAACCAACCCGUCUACUUCUAAACCUGAUACAGAUGAAAUCCAAUCUAAACCUGAACCUGAUACAGUAUCCAUGCAAUCCGUAGAUGAUGAUUCUGCUGCUGGAACACCAGAACCUGUUCUUGAAUCUGUACCCGAAGCUGAACCCGUCCUAACCUCUUCUCUCACCGCACCAAAUUCUCCUUCGGACUCUACUCCAGUAGUUAAAAGAGGCCGAGGACGACCUCCGAAAGGGACUCCUAAAUCGGGAACCUCGAAACCAGGGACUCCGAAACCUGGAACUCCUAAACCUGAAACUUCUAGACCUGAAGUUUCCUAUCCUGGUUCUCCUAAACCCGGAACCCCAACCUUGGAGACUGGUUUAGAGUCUUUGAAAUCAGAUUCCCGACCCCCAACUCCCGGAGAAACUGGGAGACCAAAGAGAACAAGAAAAAGCGUUGUUUAAAUAUGAAAUAAUAUAUCAAGAUGAUUGACAGCUGAGAGCUAAUCAAUGUAUAUUUAAAA